UUUUGGGCUCAUCGACAAAUUUUAAGGGAGAUGGGAUAUGAGUUCACUAUAAUGAGUGCAGACAUAGAUGAGAAAAUUAUUAGGAGGGAAAAGCCAGCUGAUUUGGUAAUGGCUCUAGCUGAAGCGAAGGCAGAUGCCAUUGUAUCCAGGCUCAAAAGUACAGCUCAAUUUGAGGGGGAGGCUCAUUCAACACUGUUGAUAACUGCAGAUACAGGGUGUAUGAAGGGAUAAUCAGAGAAAAACCAUCCAGCAAGGAAGAAUCGCGGUAGUUUAUCAAAGGAUAUUCUGGUGGUCAAGCAGAGGUGGUAGGAUCUGUUCUUGUAACUAAUCUUAAGAGUGGAAAAAUAAAUGGUGGAUGGGACAGAGCCGAGAUUCUUUGUGUUUAUAAUGCCUGGUCAUUGAUAGCCUGAUCAAUGAGGGAUUUACACUCAAUGUUGCUGGAGGUUUGAUGCUGGAACAUCCAAUGACAUUGCCUUUUGUGGAAGCAGUGGUCAGCAGAGCUUACUGUCUCUCUCUCUCUCUCUCUCUCUCUCUCUCUCUCUCCCUCUCUCUCUCUCUCUCUAUUAGUCUCUCACAUACACAUAUGCCCACACUUUGGAGGAGCUAGUUUUAGGCACCACACUAUUGUGGAUGGCACCCAGACUAUUCAAGUCUUUCGGACACCUAAGCCUCUCCAAAGAACUCGCCUGACCAGUGAUCCACAUCCCCAGUUAAAACCUUCUUCCUUAUGCUCCAUCAAUGAGUUCUAAAAUUCUGCUUUAUAUUUUUGGUGUUCUAACAAACAAAGUUUCUGCCACACUCUCUCUAUCAGGCAUUGGCAUUCAAAAAAUAUGUAUGAUUAUAUCAUCCAUGGGAUCAUGAAACGCGUGGCACUACACCCAUAGGAGGAGCCAGGGAUCGAGGGGCAGUUCACUUUGGUUUCCAUAAUGAUCUCAAUUUUAAGGUAAAGUUUCCAUACGUUUUACAUCGAGUCAUAUUAAAUUCUAAAUUUAUUUUUGUAAGAUCUAAUUAGAAAAUGAUAAAAACAAAAACAUUUAACAAGGCUUUUCAAUGUAACGAAAUUUGUGCAUCAAGAAAAGAGAAUAAUUAACGUUUUUGUAUGUGGAUUUCUGAAACUAAAUAUGCUCUUUAUCGAGGUACAUUUAAAUGAAAUAUGGAUAAAUUUAGUUCUGCAUUUUAGAAGAAAGGAUUAUUUUUGUAGGAUACAAAACCAAAACACAAAUAAUAGGUUUAAACAUUGACAUUGACGGACUAACCUAAUAAUUAAGAAUAAUGCUAUGAUGCCUUUUAAUUUGUACCACUCAUUUUGCCUAUUUGAUAUGGCACUACAUAGCUUAUUAAAAAAUGUUUUAAAAUAUAUAUUCAAUAUAAGAUGGUGCUCGAAACACAAAAAGAUGAAGACGAAAAUCCUAAAUUCCCUUUAAUAUUUUAUGUUUGUAUUUUUAAUUUUUUUAGUAAGCCAUGUGAUAGUGCAUUAACACUACAAGAAAUAAGGCUUUCUGUGGUCAAAAUUAUUUCCAGCAACUAGUAUUUUGUUGCAACAAGUCAAUAAUUACUGUUGCAAGGCUUCAUUUCCGUCAAGUGGCUGAAUCGCCACAAAAACCGCACUUUUCCUAGCAUAAAUUCAGCGCUGCAAAUACAAUUGUUGCAAAAUGUCAAUACAAUAGACGACGUUUUGCGACAAUUUUUAUUUGUGGUGAUUUUAAGUUUGCAGCAAAACUCAAGUUUUAACAUUUUCGUUCCUUUAUUUUCGGCGAACAAAAAGUUGAGGCUAAAAACCACUUUUGCGGCCAAGUAAAUUUCUAAAGGCAUUGGUUCUUCGAGAUUUAUAUUAGUAUAUUUUUACUUAAAAAGUGGGGAUAGAUAAGCAUAUGGAUCGACUGAGUUUUGUAGUAUUUAUUAUUAGUCAUGUGAGUCUCUCAAGGAACAUUAAAUAAUCAACAAAUAUGGUGAACCAAUUUUAUAUAUGUAUUGAUGAUUGUGUUCUUUUACUCUAA